GCGUUAUCAAAAAGUCGCAUUUAGAUGACGUAUAAUAUUUACCUCCACGUAUCUGAAGGGAAAACAUGGCGGAAGUGGAUGAAUCUAACAAGCCACUGUUCUCAGGGCUCUCGGAUGUGUCCAUUUCGGCCGACAUUCCAGUGGAGGGGGAGAUCACGGUCCCAGUGAGCUCCCCAUCUCAGGACGAUGCGUUCUCCACACUGGAUGAGCCUGUCAAAGACACCAUCUUGAGGGACUUAAAGGCUGUGGGACAGAAGUUUGUUCAUGUGAUGUACCCCAAGAAAAGCUCAGCAUUGCUGAGAGACUGGGACCUGUGGGGACCUCUCCUCCUGUGCGUCACACUGGCUCUCAUGCUCCAGGGAGGGUCGGCGGACAGUAAGGAUGACGGGGGCCCGCAGUUCGCAGAGGUCUUCGUGAUCGUUUGGUUCGGAUCGGUCGUCAUCACGCUCAACUCCAAACUGCUGGGCGGGACCAUCUCAUUUUUCCAGAGCCUGUGUGUGUUGGGUUACUGCAUCCUGCCCCUGACGGUGGCCAUGGUGGUGUGCAGACUGGUGCUGCUGGGAGGGGGGACUGGUUCGGUCAGCUUCGCUGUCAGGCUCAUUGUUGUGGUGGCCUCCUUCGGCUGGUCCACGUUCGCAUCCACAGCGUUUCUGGCCGAUAGCCAGCCCCCCAGCCGUAAGGCUCUGGUCGUGUACCCCAUCUUCCUCUUCUACUUCGUCAUUGGAUGGAUGAUCUUGACCUUUGCCCCCUCUCACGGACCCUGAAGACCUCUCCCCAAAGCUGUACAGACUAAUCCUUUUUUCAAUUUGGGCUGUCGCCAAGGAUAUUUACAGCACCUCCUCUCCCUCCCCUGUCACUCUCUCUCCCCCGCCCCCCCCCCUCAGUCUGGAACAGGAUAAUUCAGGAGGUAUUCUAGAGGAUGGCUCCAAAGAAUUCUUUCUCAAGUGGGUGCGACCUGGUGUGGGGGCCGCCAAUCAUUAUUGUCUUUUUGCCUUCCUGGACUUCUGAUUCGCUGGCUGGGGACGAAUAGCGCUGGCCUGGGAUCUGGUCACAGUCCUGGGUUCAGUUUGGCCCUCAGACACAGCAACCGUGGGCUCCUGUUCUAUCCGGAAUGCGGAGAUCUCCAAUCUCCAGAUCUAAUGCAUUUGAUGGUGUACACAAGAAUAAAUAAUCAGGAGAGUUCAUCAGUGCUAGUAAAUUCUAAUUCCAUUUUAUUUUACUUUUGUUGUGGGGAGAAAAGCAAAGCAGGGCAAAGGGCAAGCCCUGAGUUUCCUAUAGGGGGUUACUGCAUUCCUCAAAUGAUGUCACAGACAGGUCACUGAAAGCCCAGAGCUCAGCCCAGAGCUCAGGUUUAUGGCGUCUUUUGGAAAAUCCAGGUGACGCCAUUCACUGUUAACCGUUUAUCUCACUCUUAAGCUCUCUUCUUGUUUCCAUUGAAAUGAGAUCCAUCUCACAGCGUUAUCUGCUCAUUUCCUCUGCUGGUUUAUGUCAGACCAGGUUAAUGAUUUGUUGUGUUGGGUUCCCUCUGUUUAAUUUCUACAGAAUGCCACUUUAUGUUUGCUUGUCUUUAUACCAGUGUAAUAAUGCAGUAAGUGCAUUAGACUAGAGCUGUGUGACAACCUCUAAGUAAGGAAUGGGAUGCAGAGAUGUGUGCUUUGCACAUCUGGUUGAAGUGUUCAGAAAGUUUAUGAGACAUGUAUUUAAUUGGUACAUUAUUUAAUAAAUAUAAUGUAUAUUUCAUUGAAGUUAUAUUUUUACUCUGGUGUAAUGGUCAAAUUCAUAUUACAUGCUGAACAUUUGAUUGAAGAUAUCAGUAAUGCAAUCACUGGAGACUCGGAAACCUGCAGUAGUGGUUUCUACAUAAAUGUGUGUAUUGAAUGUAUGUUAACACUACAUUUUUUAACAUGCUUUUUCUUGCAUAUUUUUCAUACCUUAUUUUGCUGUUGUAUUGAUGAAAACUUGUGGGCUUGUGGGAGACGUUUUAAAGGAAAACUGUGAAGGUGAAUAAGAUUUUUUUUGUCGUUCGUUUUUAUUUAAUGCUCCAGUACUUUGAUCAUUACGUGAUAAUGAAGUAGAAAUGGAUAUAUUGUCAGGUGGCGGAACUCUAAUUAGUGGAAGCCAUCUGCGCAUUGCAGCUCGUUCGAAUUAAACGCAGUGCUUUUCCUUUAAAACAUGCAUGUGGAAUAAACUCCUUCUGAACCUGA